AUGUCAAAUACAUCAAAAACAACAACAACAACAACCAUGAAUACAAACAAUUCUUCAAACUCACCCAUGGUAUCUUUCCAAGAUAAGGUCACACCUGAAUUAUCGCCUAGAAUAAUUAAACAAAGCAUUUCUGGUGAGAUUCAAAUGGAAGCGAAAACGUUCAUGGUUCAACAUGACAAUUCAAAGAAGAUGAGUCUAUGCGACACUACAACAUCAUCCCCAAUGAAAUUUGUGAGCGCAGCUGCCAUGGUCGUCUCGAAAAACACGACCAACGAUGCAAUACCAGAAAUAUCUGAUGCAUAA